AAUAAAUUAAAAAUAAAGAUGCACAAAUGCAAAAUUUUCAAGGCUGGUUUUGCAAUUUCAUCCGAUCCGGUUCAGCUCAAUUCUUCCUUCACACAGUCUUUCUUCGUCUAUGCUUCUCUUUCCUCCUCGAGUAGCGAGCGCUUACUCACUGGAGCCCUAACCUGAGUUGACGAUUCCCGUAAUUGAAGUUUCUAUUCGACAAAAUCAUCGGAAAUGGGAGACGACAAUUCACCUCCUGACUCUUUGAAAGAACAAGAAGCUGAUCAAAAUGCUCAAGAAAACGCAUUAGCUGUGGACGAUGCUUCACUGGAAACUAUAGUCCGACGAUUCCAAGACUCCAUGUCGGUGGAAAAAACGCACAAGUUCUGGGAGACUCAACCUGUUGGGCAGUUCAAAGAUUUCGGUGACACGAGUCUACCUGAAGGUCCUAUUGAGCCUGCAACUCCGUUGUCUGAGGUCAAGCAGGAGCCUUACAACCUUCCUGCUGCUUAUGAAUGGACAACCUGUGAUAUGAAGUCUGAUUACGUUUCCUCGGAAGUUUACAACCUUCUUAAGAACAACUAUGUCGAGGAUGACGAGAAUAUGUUCAGGUUCAAUUAUUUGAAGGAGUUUUUAACUUGGGCUCUGCGUCCACCUGGUUAUUAUCAGAGCUGGCAUAUUGGAGUCCGUGCCAAGACUUCGAAGAAGCUUGUUGCUUUCAUCAGCGGUGUGCCAGCUAGAAUCAGGGUGCGUGAUGAUGUUGUGAAAAUGGCGGAGAUUAAUUUCUUAUGCGUUCACAAGAAGCUCAGGUCUAAGAGACUUGCACCUGUCAUGAUCAAGGAGAUUACGAGGAGGGUUCACUUGGAGAAUAUAUGGCAAGCAGCUUAUACUGCAGGGGUUGUACUUCCGACACCAGUUGCGACCUGCCAAUAUUGGCACAGGACCUUGAACCCGAAGAAGCUCAUUGAUGUCGGAUUUUCAAGGCUUGGUCCAAGAAUGACAAUGAGCAGAACCAUAAAACUGUACAAGUUACCAGAUGUACCAGUUACUCCUGGAUUCAGGAAAAUGGAACCCUGCGAUGUCCCUGCUGUAACACGGUUGCUCAGGAAUUAUCUUAGUCAGUUUCUCGUUGCGACUGACUUUGAUGAGAAUGAUGUUGAGCACUGGCUUCUCCCAAGGGAGGAUGUUGUGGACAGUUAUCUUGUAGAGAGCCCGGAAACCCAUGAUGUUACUGACUUCUGCAGCUUCUACACUCUUCCUUCAACUAUCCUCGGCAACCCCAAUUAUACAACACUGAAAGCUGCAUAUUCAUACUACAAUGUGGCCACCCGCACCAGUUUUACUCAGCUGAUGAAUGAUGCUCUAAUAAUCGCCAAACAAAAGGGUUUUGAUGUAUUCAAUGCAUUGGAUGUCAUGCACAAUGAGAGUUUCCUAAAAGAAUUGAAGUUUGGUCCAGGAGAUGGGCAGCUUCACUAUUAUCUCUACAACUACCGUUUAAGAGACGCCUUAAAACCAUCGGAACUUGGGCUGGUACUCUUAUGAGCUCACAUAUUGUUUUAAUGUUCAAUUAGAAUCAGUAAGUUGGAGUUUUGGGUUUUCUCUUUAUAUCUAAUGUCAACAGUCGUUAUUUCUCUUAUUUCCUCUGAACCCAUUCCCCAAGUCUCAUGAGAUACUGAUGCUUAUCUAAUCUUUUGGCAAUGUGAAAUUUGAAUUUUCUGCAAAUUUAAUAGAAACAGUUCUCAGGUUUCUAGUCA